UUCUCCACAACCGCCGACAAACGAGCCGGAGCCUCCCUACACAGUAGAGGCCUUUCUGUUACAAGUCCUCACCCGGAUAUUUGUCUUUUUGGUCUUUCGGAAUGGUUCUGGACCAAAGUCUGCUGACCCCCUAGGUCACUUGUUCUCAAGUCUGCCGAUUGGCAAUGGGAAUGGGAAUGAGCUGUUUGGUUGGGAUGGUGCUAUCCCACCCAUCUUGUACACCGACUGCGAUGACCCAAGAGACACAUCGGACUGUUUGCUGGUACCCUCCUUCAUUCGAUGUAAGAGUCGAAGAUGUUGCGAUGCCUAGGAUCGAACACCCAGACGAUGCGGUUGUCAAAGUAACGCUGGGCGGUUUAUGUGGAAGCGAUUUACAUAUCUACAGAGGCCAUGGGGGUAUCGACAAAGUACAUACAUGCGGUCACGAAUUCAUCGGAACCGUACACAAACUAGGCGACAACUACGGCUCGAACCAGGCUGAUAUACGUCCAUCCCUAUACAAGAACUUGAAAGUAGGAGAUAGAGUCGUCGCAGCUUUCACAGUCAGCUGUGGGGAAUGCCACGUAUGCCACGUCGGCUACACCUGCCGCUGCCCUCACGGCCUCCUCUUCGGUAGCCCUUUCCUAAACGGUGGCCAAGCCCAAUACGUCCGUGUUCCCAAAGCCGGAGCUACCCUGUUCAACCUCGAAAAUCCAGAAUCGAUUCUAAAAUCUUUAACUCCUGAUAAAAUCAAACACAUCAACGACGCUUCUUUGCUUAUACUCUCCGAUAUCCUCCCCACAGGGUUGUUUGGAGCUGUACAAACUCUCAAUCAUCCGAAAGUGAAAGCGAUCUGGGAAGGUAAAGGCUGGCCAGGGGUGUUUUUCUCUGAUGCAGACGCGGAUCCUUCAGCGAAUGCGAUGAACGAAGAAGACAAGUUUUUGACCAUUGCGCUGGUAGGCUUAGGACCUGUUGGGAUCUGUGCUCUGGUUUCGUUAUUGGACUUGAUUUGGAAUCUCGAGACUCGAUCAAAAUUCAGAUAUCGGAUUGUCGCUGUUGAUCUCUUGGAGAGUAGGAGGAACAAAGCUCAAGCUGUGUAUGAUAGGAUUCAGCAUCCUGACAAGGGGAAGAACGGUGAUGUGGUUGUGUUGGGAGGGGAUUUGGGAGAGUUGAAAGAGAAGGUGAUGGAAUGGACGGGGGGUGUUGGGGUCACGGCUGUUUUGGAGGCGGUAGGACAUGCAGAUGCACUUGAAUUAGCAUUUGACGUGGUCAGAACGUUUGGUGCUAUUACCUCCAUCGGAGUACACGGUGCAGUUCCGAUACCUUUCACAGGUACCGUAUAUUCUUUUGACGUUUGCGUUUCUCGUUGACUACCCGUGCAACAGGGAGACAAGCAUACAACAAGAACAUCUCCUUCGAUUUUGGAAGAUGCCCUGUCCGAUCGAUGUUACCACGCGCUUUUGAAAUCCUAGUGAAGAGGCAGGACGUAUUUGGAGAGAUUGGCACGGAGAGCAGUUUGAUUGAUCGUGUUGUUCCAUUGAACCAGGCUCCGGAGAUGUAUAGGAAGUUCGAGAAAGGAGAUGUGGGGAAGGUGUUGUUUGAUCCUUGGAAGUAAAGGGCCAGGUGAAAACCGAUGAAAUCUAUUCUUCUUGGUCUACAAUUUUCCCGCCUUGUAUAAUUAUUCUUAACCUUGUGGCGUUUUUAGGACAUCUUCCCCUGAAGGAGCGCGCCAGGCUCCCUUGUGAUCUCAGCGCUCUACCCAUAUCAUGAGAGCCAUGUCGUGAAUAGUCAGAAAGCCACUUGCCUUUAGCUCUGAGCUUGUUCCGAGUCUAAC